AAGCAUGUUUCUCCCUGUGCCCUUUAAAAAUGCUACAAAAGCUGCGUAGCAAAAAUGUAUAUGGUGUGAAUCAUCUGAACAGCAGGAUUCAUGUUGCUCUCCUCCCAGUUAUUGCUCAACAGAUUAGGACACAUGCUGGCUUUCAAAAGAUCCAUGAAAAGGAAAUUGCAACAUGUGCUCAAGUCUCCACAGAAGAGGAAGCCAGAGCUGGGGAGGAAACUUCUGAGCUCAGAUUUACGUUUUUUUAAAGCAAGAAGAUGUUUUUACGAGAUUUUCAUGUGACCUGAGGGGGCUGUUGCCUAUACGGAAGGAGUAGAAUAACAUUAGACGGCCAUGGGCCUAUGUUCUAAACUGGAAAGCCUCCUGUUUUUCCUUGAGCUUUACGGGAUCUGUUCAGGAUUUCUACAAGAGAACUGUACCAACUACAAGCUCCAGUUUGAGAGGGUUUUCUCUGUUCCCGGGGAGGUAGCUAUGCUGAAUAGCACCUUGGUGUCUCCAGAUGUCUUCAACUUCACCUCAGUGCCUUAUAACAUCACCUGGUAUGAGUCAAAGACUGGCAGAGAGCUGAGCAACCAGCCUGGUCAAAUCCUGGUGCAAAGGGAGACUCUGUGGUUGCUUAACGUGACGCUGGACGACGACGGGGAAUACAUCACCAUAGUGAGGACUCCUACUCGGUGCUACAGGCAGACCACCAGGCUGGAGGUGAAUCAGCCAGAUGCUGGAGAGUGUGUGAGGCCAAAAAAAUCUGGUCAAACGCUUAUGGGGGGAGUGGAUGACAAUCUGUCCUGCCCUCUGAAAGACUAUAUAAAGAAACUGGACAGCUACAACAUCACUUCCUCUAUCAAGUGGUACAAAGAUUGUAACCUCAUAGUAGAUGGGAAGGACAAUAUUACCUACUGGGACAAGACCAAACUGAUGAUUAAAGGGGUGAUGCCCCACCACAACGGCUCCUACACAUGCAUUCUUACCUUCACCCUUGGUGGCGUCACAGGAUCUGUGUCAGAGACCAUUGACGCUUGGGUCAAAGAGGACUAUUGUUUGGUUCCGGAAGUGCAGGAACCAGCCAAUGAAAUCAUCAAGGCAGAGAUGGGGUCCAGUUUCAAGCGGAGGUGCCUGGUGUUUGUGCCGGGUGGCGGGUGGCCCAUGAUUGAUAUCUUUUGGUUGGUCAGAAACGAAUUCGUUUUCAGCACUGACCCCUCUGACCAUUUCUACACAUCAGAAACACGUAUGUGGAGUCAGGACAGUCCCAGAAAAGGUGUGUGGUUGGAGCGGAUGCUGAUGUUUUCUAAGCUGACGGAGAAGGAUUUCAACAUCAACUAUACCUGUCGCGCAUACAGUGACCGGGGAAAUCCUGUGGGAUAUUUUACUCUGUUACCAGCAGAGCCCGACCUCAUACUUCCCAUGGGAUUGGUGUUUGGUGGUGUGACGGUUCUCUUUAUCACCAGUGUCAUCGUCUACUACCUUUUCAAGGUUGACAUUGUGCUGUGGUUCAGACGAGCAUUUCCCAUCUUCUAUACCAAUACAGAUUUGGAUGGAAAGCUGUAUGAUGCCUACGUGGCAUACCCACAGAACUGUCUGGAUGGGUUCAACGAACAAGUGGAGACAUUUGCCCUUCACACACUGCCUCAAGUGUUGGAAAAGGCCUGCGGUUACAAACUCUUCAUAGCAGGCCGUGACUGUCUGCCCGGGCAGGCCAUAGUUGACUCAGUGGAUAACAACAUACAAGCCAGCCGCCGCCUCCUCCUGCUCUACAACGCCUCUACUUUCACCGGCAAAAGCCACACCAGCAGCGUUAGUAGCUAUAAUAACAACAACAUCUCCAAGAAUAGUGAUGGUAUCAAUAAUAAUGAAAGCAAGACCAGUGACAACAAUAGCAUGAGUUUUGAUGGCAGUGAUGGAGUCUACUCAGAUAUGAGGCAACAGUUGGAGUGUGUGGCAGCAAUGCACAGAGCGCUACUGGAUGCAUCUCUCAAGGUGGUUCUAGUUGAGUUGGAAAAGGUCACCCCUGCUCAGCUGGCUCUCUUCCCAGAGUCAGUGCGUCACCUGAGGAAGAAGCAGGGGGCUGUGUGCUGGUGGAAGAACCAGAGGACGAGGCAAAGGUGGAAGACAUGUAUGAGGAGAGAAGAUGAGGAGAAAGGCGGACAGGAUGCAGAGUUAUCGCCAUCCCUCUCCCCUUCCUCUAGGUUUUGGAAGAAGAUGAAGUAUCAUAUGCCUGUGAGGGGCAAGAGGGUGGUGUACCCUGAGAAAACUGCCCUGCUGAACUUGUGAUGGUGUUAUUACAUGUGUUUGUGAACUGCUGGACCAGAGGGAAGCUGGUUUCAGAUGCAAAUGUGUAUAGAGGUGAAUUCCCUAUCACACAGAAAAUACACACACACUGUUUUGUUAAUAUAAGUUGUGAGUCACGCUGUCAGAGUCAGGGUUACAGCAUGGAUGCAUUUCUGCACAUUUGUCCUUUGACUAUCAAUUCUUCUGUUUCAAGUAGCACAUCUAUGACAGCAAGUGGCUCAUAACUGUACCAUGCAGAGCAUUCACUGAAGCACAAAGUAACUGAUCUCAAUAAGGAGCAAGAUGUUUUGCUCAAAUAUGCCACAGCAGUACCUCACACCUGAUGUACAGAUCAUCACAGUGCCUGGGAUAUACUGCUGUUAGCCUGCCUCUGUAUGAACUGUCGACAUUCCCUGGGAGGUGGAGGCUGCAGAACGACAUGGACGAAGGACUGAUCAAACCAAAUGAUCAUGUAUGACUGUAAAAUGUACAUAUGUAUGAUGAAAAGUGUAAAUAUAUAGUUUUUUU